AUGGCUUUGAGAAACAUUGCUACUCUUGCUUUCUUUAUGAUGAUGGCGUUCAGUGGUGCUUAUUCUAGUUCUGUUUAUAGAGUUGGAGAUUCUGAUGGGUGGACUUCGAGAGGCCUUGUUGAUUACAAUGAGUGGGCUUCAACGAAAGAUUUUCACGUCGGCGACACUCUCAUUUUUGCUUACACAAUCAAUUCCACAAUGCCCAGCCAAUAUUACUUUCUUUGUGGUGCUCCUGGCCAUUGCCAAGCCGGACAAAAGGUUGACAUCAAGGUCACUCUGCCUGUUCCAGAAAAUUUGAUCCCAAGUCCAAGCCCGUCGUCACCUUAUGGAUACUCAUCACCUUCAGCCUCUAAUCUUGAAGAGAUGUCACCAAGCUCAACUCUAAGCAGUGGUUCAACUCUUAAUUCUUCGAAGCUUGGAUUUGCUGUUAUUGCUUUUGUGUUAAGUCUUUUGGGUUUUGUAUUUUAG